CCCUAUGACUUGGUAGGGAACUUAGUUAACAACCUAGUAGGGAAGUUCUAUUCCAUCUGUUUCCAUGGAGGAAAAGAGUGUGAUUAAGUUCAGCCACUGUCAGAAGGACAUCUUCUGUUUCUUCAUUCCAGAGAAAUGUCCAGAGUGUGGAGUGAGCUUCAGCAGUGGCAGGCUGGAGGAGGCUCCUAUCCGUAUCCCCAACCCUUUUUCUAACGGACAUAAGACCCCAUGCUGCUUCCUGGUCGCACCUGCUGAGGAAAACAACCUCAGGGAGUUCGAUGGCGGCUCAGACCUACACACUGGGAUCACAGACACUAAUGGAGUGGUGUUCAACUACACUAAGCCAGGGGUCCGGCAGGACCAGCGAGGCUGGGAGAUGUGUAUCAGUAUUCCCCUGAUCCAACCAGACAUGUUUAACCUUCUCAACCAGUGGGACCAAUACCUCAACAAGUUCUCAGACGCUGAGAUGUGGGACCCAGCAUACAAAAGGUGUAAAGGUACUGUAAUAAACAUGUUUAUCUUCUGGUCUUGUAGGUUUAAUAAGGAGACGCACAACUGCUACAACUACACUCUGAUGUUUCUAAACCGUGUGCUAGCAACACAGGGGAAAGGCUCUCUGACCAAAGACCAGUUCACUCAGAGCUUUGUCCUGCCCAAGAUCAAGAGAGCCUGUAAAUACACCACAAUGUGCAGGGAGAUAUCACAGAACUACUUCUAUAUAGCGGACAGUCCUGUUAGAGUGAUGGAGGAAGAAAGUGGAGGAGAGAAGGCUUGACUGUUUGAUACAAGACAGAGACUGAGGCAGCCACAGUGCUACACAGAACAUGAGUUAAAAUGACCAUCAUCCCAGAAACCCUGGAUCCAUAGAUGAUGCAAUCUCUAUUGCACUCCA